UGACUAUAUCGAAUAGAACUUUAGUUCAAAUUGCUGCCUGGGGUGGCAUAAUAGUGAGCACUACAGGAUUUUAUCUACAACACCGGUUAAUUGACAAGACCCAGAAAAUAAUACCGCAGAUGACAAAUCUGCUAGAUUUAAAAUUCCUGUGUCGGGUCCAAAAGAUAGAGGAACAUACAGUUUUUGGGCUGAAAAAACCAAUGACGAAUGGAAACUAACUCGUGCUGAACUUGAAUUGAAAUCAAAACCAGAUUCCAAGUUGGUGAUAUUGAAAUAAGUAAAUGUGGUUAGAUUUUCCAGACUUCUAAUAAGGAAAAAACACAAUGUUGAAGCAUUUUGUUGGAACAGCGAAAGAGCAGUUUUUUUAUCACAAUACUUUACUUUGUCUGGUAAAAGCUCUUGAGGGGCAAAACAUAACAGUAGAUUUGCGACAUGAUAGCCAUGUCUGUGGAGAGGUCAUCUUAGUUGAUGGGUACAUGAACAUUUCUUUUGGAACAGCAGUUUUCGUUGACGCUAAAGGCAAUGAGUUCGCCUAUGACAAUCUGUUCAUACAGGGACGCAACAUCAGAUACGUCCACAUUCCCGAAAAUAUGGCGGCAAGGGAUACUAUUAAAACGGAAUUAUUAAAAGUAGCCCCAAAACCUAGAAAUCAAAAUGAGCAAGUACGAAAAUCUAGAAAAGCCAAGAAAGCGCUCAAGCUUCACAUGGAAACCGUGGCCAGACUGCAAGACACUAAGGACUGCUGAUCAGUCAUCUUUAGAUAGGAUCUUCAUUUGUAUUUAUCUCACUACUUGUAC